AUGGCUCAACUCACAGCAAGUCAAGAACGUGAAUUACGUGAUGCAUUUGAUCUUUUUGAUACUGAUCAUUCAGGUAAAAUAUCAAAAUCAGAAUUAAAACGUGUACUUCAAGCAUUAAAUAUUCAAGCUAAUGAUAAUGAAGUACAACAAUUAUUAUCUCAAAUGGAUAGAGAUCAUAGUGGUGAAAUUGAUUAUAAAGAAUUUAAAAGUGCUAUGAGUGUAUCAUUUUUUAAAAAAUAUUCAAAACAAGAAUUACAAACAGCAUUUAAAAAACUUGAUGCAGAUGGUAAUGGUUAUAUAACAGCAAAUGAACUUAAUUAUAUAUUAUCACGUAUGGGAAGAAAUUUAAGUCGAAAUGAUAUUGAUAGUAUUGUUAAAUCAAUAGAUUCAAGUGGUGAUGGAAAAAUUUCAUUUAAUGAAUUUUGUAAAUUAUUUGAUUGA